AUGAGCAAAUCUCGUCCUUCCUUCGACUCUCUUCCCCUACGCAAAGAUGGCCCCCACGGCAAUGCAUGGGGUCUCUGGGGCACCAACGACCAACUCGGCAUGCUGAACCUCCUCACCCCCACCAACACCACCGCCGCAUCCAAAGAGAUCGAGCACGGCACUCGCAUCUCCGUCGACUGGCCCUUGAACAAAAUGUCGCCUCCAUGUUUCAACCGCAUCGCAUUCGGUCACAACAUCAUCAACAAAGCCCCUCGCUCCGUAAACGACGACACGGUCACUUUCAACACGCAGAGUUCUUCGCAAUGGGAUGGUUUCAGACACUACGGCUACCAAAAGGAAAAGAGAUAUUACAACGACUGCACCAAUGAAGAUGUCUUGGGGUCGGAGAAGAAUGGCAUUCACGUUUGGGUCGAGAAUGGCGGUGUGGUGGGUAGAGGCGUGUUGUUGGAUUACAAGAGCUGGGCUGAAGAUAAAGGGGUUUGGAGUGUCGAGUCUUGUUUCCAGACCACACCUAUCACCGUUGAUGUGCUCGAGGACAUUGCGACGAAACAGGAUGUCGAAUUCAAGGAAGGCGAUAUUCUGUUCAUUCGCACGGGAUGGACGGGCGCAUAUGAUGUACUGGACACCCAGGCGAGGACGAAGCUUUCCGAGACAUAUCCACCUCCUGCCAUUGGUAUCGAGUCGUCAGAGAAGACGGUGAGAUGGAUCUGGCAGAAGGGCUUUGCUGCUGUUGCUGGUGACCAACCGAGUUUCGAAGCUUGGCCGUGCCAGAAUACCGAUUAUCUGCUGCAUGAGUGGUUGCUUGCUGGUUGGGGUCUUCCCAUUGGCGAGAUCUUCGACUUGGAUAAGCUGGCCAAAGAGUGCAAGGAAAAGAACAAAUAUUCCUUCUUCUUCAGCAGUAUGCCAAUACAUGUUCCCGGAGGUGUCGCAAGUCCGCCCAACGGCGUCGCGAUCUUGUAA